AUGGCAGGCGGCGGGCGGCGAUGGCAGCCAAUCAACAACCGGAGGACCGACGGGAGCUGUCGGCAAUUGGCACCGCUUGCUUUGACGGACAGCGACGAAAGGGCGGUAUCGGGGCCAGCGGGGACGAGCCAAUCAGCGCUCUGCGAUUUGUCCGGGCGGGUGAAGCGCGGGGGAGGCUCCGGGAGCCGAUUGGAUGGUUGGGGAGCCCGGCGGGUGACUGACAGAAGAGCGCGACGGAGCGGAGUGAGUGCGCCCGAGCUGAUUGACCGCAUCGGCGCGUGCUGUCCCUCGCUGGGCACCGGGUCGGCUGCUGCCAUGGGCUUCCUGGAGAGUUUCUUCACCUACGAGACCCCCAAGUCGAUGGUGGUGAAGAGCUGGACAGUGGGCGUCCUGAAUCGCCUGAUGCAGCUGCUGAUCAUCGUCUACUUCCUGGGCUGGGUAUUCCUGCACGAGAAGGCUUACCAGACCAAGGAGACCAACAUCGAGUCCUCGGUCAUUACCAAGGUGAAAGGAUUUGGGAGGGCACAUUUCAAAAACGGUUCCGUCCGUGUCCUCGAUGUGGCCGACUACAUCAUCCCCCCACAGGGAUCGUCAGUGUUCUGCAUCAUCACCGCGAUGCGAAUCACCGACAACCAGCUUCAAGAUGUCUGUCCCGAGGACCCCAGUAACAAACAAUUCAUCUGUGACCACGAUAGGAACUGUUCACUGACGACACAUCAGGUCGGCAAUGGGGUGCUCACGGGCCGAUGCGUCAGUUUCAACAGCAGCUUGAAGGUGUGCGAGGUGAAGGGAUGGUGUCCCGUCGAGCAAGACAACUCCCCGAAGUGGGUUAUCGCCUGUUGCACUGACACUGGGGCAGGAGGAUGA